GGUCAGCUGACAGCUAUCAGAGGACCAGGAGGAAGGAGCGGAAGGAGCGGAAUUAGCGGGUGUGUGAGCUGGGAACCUAACGUACCGGAUCCUGACAGAGCCUAUAUCCAAGGCAGACGGGGCGCGAAAGACAGGUGGCGUUCGUGAGAGAACUAGGGUGGGGUUUCGUUUCACCAUGGCCAGUUGGGACUGAGAAGCAGCCACAAUGAUUGGAGGAUUGUUCAUCUACAACCACAAGGGGGAGGUUCUCAUCUCCCGGGUCUACCGAGAUGACAUUGGGCGUAAUGCGGUGGACGCGUUCCGUGUGAACGUGAUUCACGCCCGCCAACAAGUUCGAUCCCCGGUGACCAACAUUGCCCGCACCAGCUUUUUCCAUGUCAAGCGCUCCAACAUCUGGUUGGCGGCCGUCACCAAGCAGAAUGUCAACGCCGCCAUGGUGUUCGAAUUCCUCUACAAGAUGUGUGACGUCAUGACGGCAUACUUUGGCAAGAUCAGCGAGGAGAACAUCAAGAAUAACUUUGUGCUCAUCUACGAGCUGCUGGAUGAGAUCCUGGACUUUGGCUACCCCCAGAACUCAGAGACCGGAGCUCUGAAGACCUUCAUCACCCAGCAGGGCAUUAAGGGACAGCACCAGACAAAAGAGGAGCAGUCUCAGAUCACCAGCCAGGUGACGGGGCAGAUCGGCUGGCGCCGCGAGGGCAUCAAAUAUCGCCGCAAUGAACUUUUCCUGGAUGUACUGGAGAGCGUCAACCUGCUCAUGUCACCGCAAGGCCAGGUACUGAGCGCCCACGUGUCGGGCCGAGUGGUGAUGAAGAGCUACCUGAGUGGAAUGCCCGAGUGCAAAUUUGGCAUGAACGACAAGAUCGUCAUCGACAAGCAGGGCAAGGGAGGAGCGACUGAUGAAGCAGGGAAGAGUGACUUAGGGGGAGGAAGCAGUGGGAAGCAGUCCAUAGCCAUCGAUGACUGCACUUUCCACCAAUGUGUGCGCCUCAGUAAGUUUGACUCAGAGCGUAGCAUCAGCUUCAUCCCCCCUGAUGGAGAGUAUGAGCUCAUGAGGUAUCGCACCACUAAAGACAUCAUCCUGCCGUUCAGAGUUAUUCCUCUGGUCAGGGAGGUUGGCCGCACUAAACUGGAGGUUAAGGUGGUCAUCAAGUCCAACUUCAAACCCUCGCUGCUGGCCCAAAAGAUCGAGGUGCGUAUCCCAACGCCCCUCAACACCAGCGGCGUGCAGGUGAUUUGUAUGAAGGGAAAAGCAAAGUACAAGGCCAGUGAGAACGCCAUUGUCUGGAAGAUCAAACGCAUGGCUGGGAUGAAGGAGUCUCAGAUCAGUGCUGAGAUUGAGCUGCUGCCGACCAACGAUAAGAAGAAAUGGGCAAGGCCUCCCAUCUCUAUGAACUUUGAGGUUCCUUUUGCUCCGUCUGGUCUGAAGGUGCGCUACUUGAAGGUGUUCGAGUCCAAGCUCAACUACAGUGACCACGAUGUCAUCAAAUGGGUGCGAUACAUCGGCCGCUCCGGCAUCUAUGAAACGCGCUGCUAAACCCCCCCCACCCCCUGCCAGGCAGCGAACUGACCACUUUACCACUCUUGUUAAGAUUCUUUUUCUUCUACCCCUUCCUACUUUGUCUCUCUCCUCCCCUUUCUCUUUAUAGCUUCUCGCAUACAACCUCCCAUCACCACCACCACCCCCUCACCCCUUCCUAAGUAGGUGUUGGAGAUUGAAUUUACAUCAUAAAAAUAAAAAAAAAAGUAAAUAUAUAAUGCACAGAUAUAUGCAAAAUGUGAACCAUUGUAUCGUAUAUAUCUCGUAGUGAAGAGUAAACCUGUAAACCAACUGGUCGAAGGGGGGGGGGAAGUGAUGCAGGUGGGGACCAGGGGGAGAGGAUUGGCAGCACCUUUUGGUGUCUUUAAAGGGUGCCCAUGUCGUGUUACUGUUUCACUACCUACUCUCCAGUUACUUUAGAAGCCCCACAAGUCCUAGAGUUCACUGGUGACAUGAUUUGUAGCCGUUGUGGUUUAAAAUGAAUCCUGAUAUAGUUCCUGUUUAUGAACUUCUGUCUCAGUAGUCUACCCUUCAAAUUGAGAUGCAUUGUUGGAUAUUGUGGACUGAUUGAUAUUUGAUCUGUGUGUGGUUUUUGUUUGGAGGAGGGAUGGUCAUUUGGAUGAAAAGUCUCAUUUCAACCUCUCUUGUGGGUAGUUAAGAACGAGAAAGGAAUUGAUAGUGACUGAGCUGUUUUUUGUACUUUUCUGCAACGUGUAUAGUCUCUUUUCCCUUGCUAGUUUUCCACUAUUAGUUUUCCCAGCAUUCAAGGUAUCAAACACAGAGGAGCAUUCCAGGAGAGUUUUGAAGUUUGUCAUCCCGAUAAGCUUGACUGUGACUUAAAUAUUCUGUUUCUUAAGCACGAACUUUUGACUUAAAGAUUUUCUGGGGAAAUCUGGCACUGGGAUUGUGUAUUUGCAGCGAGGUUAGGUCUCCCCCUGGUGUUUGCCUCAUCACUGUCUGCUUCUUCAUGUUUGUAGCCCUGGUGACUGUUCUGUCCAAUAAAAUCUGACUAUGUAACCAA